CCCAGAACAACUACAAUUCUUCGGAGCUUUCCACCGCUCAAAAGCAUGCAAAUUCUAAGGCUCAGUAUUCCAAAAAGGCUCUACAGUUACACUCACCCUUUAGUGGCUAGUAAUUUAGCACAGAAGAAGUUAACAGAGAGGACUGACCAGGGAGACUAAUAAGGAUCUACAUGAAUCAAUUAAUUAAUCAAAGAUAAAGUGGAAAGGCCAACACAUUUCAAAUUGCUUCGGACGGGUCGCGUCGGGUUGAACACUUUGCAAUACCGGAUUGUAAACGCCGACAGUCUAAUACUAAAACAAGAGGUGACAAAAGUAAACGUUAUUUACACCAGUAUGCCUAGCCUAUUCUCUAAAGAAGAUGCUGUAAAAUUUAAAUAAACGGUUUGAGGGGACUUCUGAUGCCUCGCAUCCUUAAGUCUCCACAUGGAUCAACCUCUCUAACCCAAGCAUCAUUUGGAUUAGCCACAGUCUUUCUCACUCUGCACAACGGAUACAACGGACAGAAAAUGCUACCCCGCAUCCUUUUCCUUUGCUCAUUUUUCGCUGCUGCUUGUUUCCAAGACAUCCACCCCUCCAAGGUAUUUCUGAGUGAAUCCUGUGACUCAUUGUGUACUUGUGAAGAAAAAGAUGGCAUCCUGUAUCUUAACUGUGAGGAGAGAAAUAUCAGCAAGAUCUCCCAAAUCAAAGUGCCGUCAGCUCUACCUUUCCACCUCAAUCUGUACAAAAACGACUUGGUGGAGUUGAAUGCAGAAGACUUGGAAGGUUUAAAGAAUGCCGUUUCACUUCAUCUCGGGGCUAAUAGCAUACAAGAGCUUGAACCUGGGGUCUUUAGUGCACUGGGCUCCUUGAAGAAGCUCCACAUCAACAGUAAUUUCCUGGUCACGUUGAAGGAAGACACUUUUCACGGCUUGGUAAAUUUGGAGUUUCUCCAGGCGGACACAAACUUCAUCCGCGUGGUCGAGCCGGGGGCAUUCAGCAAACUCAUCCGCCUCAAAGUUCUGAUCCUCAACGACAACGCCAUCGAGUUUCUUCCCAGCAAUAUUUUCCGGUUUGUUCCGCUCACCCACUUGGACCUGCGGGGGAACCAGUUACAGACCCUGCCUUACGUUGGCUUCCUGGAGCACAUUGGGCGGAUCAUGGAGCUUCUUCUGGAGGACAACAACUGGAUGUGCGAUUGUGAGAUCCUUCACCUGAAGAUCUGGAUGGAGAACAUGCGGGCCCAGUCGGCCAUUGGGGAGGUGGUCUGCAGCAGCCCCCACCACCUCAGGGGCACCAUCCUGGCCAAAAUCAAACGGGAUGUUCUCUGCCCCUCUCACGCUGAUAUCAACUUAGAGGAGCCUUCCAAGUCACUGGACAUGGUGGUCACUCCAUCUUCCAAAGUGGCAGAGAUUCCGAAGUUAGAGGAUGUCGUAAAGAUUCCGACACCUUCUUAUGUUCCAGGGAGUCCUUGUGUGGAGCACUGUUCUUGUCACAAUCACCCUGUGGCUGGGUUUUUAAUGCAUUGUCAGGAUAGAGGGAUUCAACGGAUUUCAGAUAUUGGAAUACUUGAGCAAAGCCCUACCAAGCUGGUGCUCACAGGAAACAUGAUUCAGAGACUGUUGAAAUAUGACUUUGUCACAUAUGACAGUUUAGAGUUAUUGAAUUUAGCCAACAAUCGAAUUGAUUACAUUGACAAUGAAACUUUUCUCAGCUUAAGCAAUUUGAAAAAACUUUAUCUCAACGGCAACAGAAUUGAAACCCUUUCCGCAACUAUGUUCAUUGGACUCCACAACCUUGAAUACCUAUAUUUGGAAUAUAACAUUAUCAAAGAAAUUGUUCCAGGAGCUUUUAAUCCUUUGCCAAAUCUCAAACUCUUGUCUUUGAAUAACAAUCUGCUGACUAGUCUCCCAUUGCAGAUAUUUCGCAACGUGCCCCUCACCAAACUGAACCUGAGAAAAAAUCUGCUCAUGCACCUGCCUGUAAGCAACGUGCUGGACCAGCUUGACUCUUUAGAGCAGAUUUAUUUAGAGGACAACCCCUGGGACUGCAGCUGUGACUUAAUCAGUCUCAAACAGUGGGUUGAGAAGCUGAGGAAGGACACAGUCGUAGGUUCCAUUUUGUGUCACACACCGAGAAAAGUGGAGAAGGCUGAGCUGAGGGCCCUUAGAAACGAGUUGCUGUGCCGCGGCCUAGUGACCUACUCCUUGCCCACGGAUGAGGAUGAGACAACCACAGUGGCGACUGACGGCUCUAGGAGAGGUUUCUUCAGCUCAAUCACGGACUCAGUUCCGCUCUCCGUUCUGAUCCUUAGCUUGCUCAUCAUCUUCCUCAUGGUCAUCUUCUGUUCAGCAGGGAUUGUGGCAUUCCUCGUGCACAGACGGCGAAGGAGGGUGAAGAAGAAACAGGCGGAGGAGCAGCCGCGGGAGAGCAGCAGCCCCAUCCACCUGCAAUACAGUAUGUACGGCCAGAAAACCACCCACCACACACUGGCGCAGAGGACCGGAAGCACCGUGUACGACGAGCGCUCACACAGCCCCAUCGUCCAGAUCUGCCGCAACCCCACCUACUGCACUCAGCAUAAAGAAUAUGAGUCCGACCUCAAUGAACUGGACGAACCAAAGCACAUCUGUCGUAGCAUCAUGGAGACAGAGAAUACUUCCCCUCUUACAGGCUCUAAUUUGAAGUUCAGAGCUGUGACGUCAGACUGCCCAACUGAGUUCGUAACACUCGGCGACGCGAGCUCCCUCUAUAAAAACAUACUAGAGAGGGAGAGGGUUAGGGAGUUGCAGCAGCUCGGAAUUACUGAAUACCUCAGGAAAAACAUGUCCCAGCUACAACCAACGGUAGAGAUGCAGGUUCCAGGACGCCACGAGGAACUGAAAUUAAUGGAGACUAUUAUGUUGUCGAGACCGAGGAAGGUCAUGGUGGAACAAAUGAAAAACGAGUACUUUGAACUCAAAGCUAACCUACACACUGAGCCAGAUUAUUUGGAGGUUCUGGAGCAUCAAACUGCAUUUAACUGAUAUAAACAGACAAUUAAUGGUUUUAUAUUCAACUCCACAAGUGCCUUGUCCAAAACUGCCAUCUUAUAUUUUCAGUCAAAGACCUACAUAUCCCACAGCGGUCUUGGACAUACAAGUCAUUUGUAGCACUGAAUGUAAUGUAAUGUAUAUUUGGCAAUUUCUUUGUUGUUUUGUUUUCCUAUACAGUGCCUUGCAAAAGUAUUCAUCCCCCUUGGCGUUUUUACUAUUUUGUUGCAUUACAACCUGUAAAUUAAAAUGUAUUUUAAUUUGGAUUUCAUGUAAUGGACAUGCACAAAAUAGUCCAAAUUGGUGAAGUGAAAUAAAAAAAAAAAUAACUUGUUUCAUAAAAUUCAAAAAAAGAGAAAACGGAAAAGUGGUGCGUGCAUAUAUAUUCACUCCCUUUGCUAUGAAGCCCCUAAAUAAUAUCUGGUGCAACCAAUUACCUUCAGAAGUCACAUAAUUAGUUAGAUUGCACACAGGUGGACUUUAUUUAAGUGUCACAUGAUCUCAGUGUAUAUACACCUGUUCUGAAAGGACCAUGAAGACCAAGGAGCUUUCCAAACAGGUCAGGGACAAAGUUGUGGAGAAGUACAGAUCAGGGUUGGGUUAUUAAAAAAUAUCAAACUUUAAACAUCCCACGGAGCAACAUUUAAUUUAAAUCAAUUAUUCAAAAAUGGAAAAAAUGAAACCACAACAAACCUGCCAAGAGAGGGCUGCCCACCAAAACUCACGGACCAAGCAAGGAGGGCAUUUGAUCAAAGAGGCAACAAAGUGACCAAAGAUAACCCCGAAGGAGCUGCAAAGCUCCACAGCGGAGAGUGGAGUAUCUGUCCAUAGGAUCACUUUAAGCUGUACACACCACAGAGCUGGGCUUUACAGAAGAGUGGCCAGAAAAAGGUCAGACAUGUUUGGUGUUCGCCAAAAGGCAUGUGCGAGACUCCCCAAACAUAUGGAAGAAGGUACUCUGGUCAGAUGAGACUAACAUUUUGCUUUUUGGCCAACAAGGAAAAUGCUAUGUCUGGUGCAAACCCAACACCUCUCAUCACCCCGAGAACAGCAUCCCCACAGUGAAGCAUGGUGGUGGUGGCAGCAUCAUGCUGUGGGACUGGGAAACUGGUCAGAAUUGAAGGAAUGAUGGAUGGUGCCAAAUACAGGGAAAUUCUUGAGGGAAACCUGUUUCAGUCUUCCAGAGAUUUGAGCCUGGGAUGGAGGUUCACCUUCCAGCAGGACAAUGACCCUAAGCAUACUGCUAAAGCAACAUUCGAGUGGUUUAAGGGGAAACAUUUAAAUGUCUUGGAAUGGCCUAGUCAAAGCCCAGACUUCAAUCCAAUUGAGAAUUUGUGGUAUAACUUAAAGAUUGCUGUACACCAGCGGAACCCAUCCAACUUGAAGGAGCUGGAGCAGUUUUGCCUUGAAGAAUGAGCAAAAAUCCCAGUGGCUAGAUGUGCCAAGCUUAUAGAGACAUACCCCAAGAGACUUGCAGCUGUAAUUGCUACAAAAGGUGACUCUACAAAGUAUUGACUUUGGGGGG